AUGUAUCCCGAUUCCCGCCACGCACAUUUUGACUGGACCGGUAGUAAAACCGCCGAGACGAAAAGCGACGUUCUGGCUUUGGACUGGCUAAGUCCUAAUCUCCUGGCCGCCGGUCUUCGCAAUGCAAGUGUUAUGCUGUACGACAUGCGAAGUGGAGGAAGCGCCCUGCGGCUUCGGCACAACGGCGUGGUCACUGGGCUUCGCCGCGCCGACGAUGAAACGCGGCUCGUGGUGUGCGGCUUCCCAGAUGCGCUCUGCAUGUACGAUCUCCGCAUGUCGCGGGAGCCUGAAGCGCCUCAGCCGGGCCAAUCGGGCAAAGGCAAACGUGACCGACAAAAGCCCAAGAUGCCACCCACAGCACCUCUUCUUCGUUUCGAGUACUCGAACAAGUACCGGUACCCUCUCGGCUUCGACGUCAACGCGGAGGUAGGCCUUGUCGCUGCCGCGGAGGACAAUGGACGCAUACAACUGUACUCGCUGCAGUCCGGCAAGAGGGUCGCGGGCGUGCCGGAGGUGCAGGGGAACCGCGCGGAACCGCAUCAGAUCAAAUGCCUGAGGAUUGUGGAAACGCUGGACAGGGGCACGAAAGUGCUGGCUGGAGUAGGUGCGAGGAUUGUUGAGUUGGCUUGGUGA